CAAACAAAAACAGAAAACAGUUGUGUUGUUUGACGAGAAAACAUGAUGUUUACCAUACAAACAUCUAUGCUGAGCCAACAUUGGAUUAGUCUCCCUCUUGACAUCUUAUCUGUGUUGAACUUUGACCGCGAGUAUCCUAGACUCCCAAUACUUGCAAAGAGACCUUUGGCUGAGGUCUCUUAGCCUUAUAUCGAAUAUCUUAUCAAUCCUCAGCCUUUGACCCACCAGUUGAAAUACUAUGAAAUUCCUGCCACUCAACUGCAUACGUUGCUGUGUCAACCAUAUCCGUUUCCCCUCCAGAAAGCACAGGACAAGGCAGGAAGCACUUACUUAUCCAAUAUCGAACCAGCGUUGAAUUAAAUUAAAUUAAUUCAGCUUCAACCACAGUCUUCCUUUGCCUGGCUUUCUGUCAACAACUUGUUGUUCUGCAGUGAACUAGAACGUGAUUUAGUCGGAGAAGAGAACGACAGAGAUAAAUAUCAAUAAGAUCAGUUGCUGCGCAACCACCGCCGAGCAACAAGACGAAAUUUAUUGGCAAUGUUAAACACUUAGCUGACAUAUUUUUAUUUAAACAUCAUUCAAUAUGGAUUGUUUGUUAAUAUUGGUGUAUCUGUGCCUGGCUAUUUUGUGCAUUGAUACUCAUGCCGUGUAUGUCAAUGACCCGGCCCUUUGCAGUCGCACAAAAUGUUCUGCUUCUGCCGACCACCUGGUGAAAUUCAAGUAUUUGCAAGGUGUAGUUUAUCGUUAUGCGUACCAAAUCGACGUCAGUACAAACCUGGGAGUAAUGUUAAACGAUCGCCGCAACGAAUCGACUCUGCAAGUUGACGCUGUGGUGUCACUGAGUUUCACAUCCCCUUGCGAAGGUCAUUUGAAGCUGACAGAAUCGAGCAUUUCGUCGAAUCGCUCAACCUACGAUGCUGAAUUCCCCGAUAGAGCUGGGGCUGAGUUUGUGAAAAGCGUCGAGCAAUAUCCACUCAGGUUCUCGUUCCGAGAUGGUCAGAUACCCGAGGUCUGCCCACACCCUGAGGAACCGGCCUGGGUACUGAAUAUGAAAAAAGGAGUCCUCUCCAUGUUUCAAAAUACAAUGAAGAGAUUUGAUGUAAGCCAUUCUUCUCAAGAAUUGGACAUCAAUGGCAUUUGCGACACGCAUUACAAACUCUACGAAGCAAAGCAGACAAGUCUCGUAAUAAAGAAAACAAAGAACAUAGCAUCUUGUACAAACAGGAACAAGUACCUCUCCGUUCUUCAAUCGAACUCUUACAGAAGUCCGUUUUCAUCAAAUAAUCAAGGAUUUCGCGAGCCGGUGUUGAAGUCUUCGAGCGACUGUGAAAUAACACUGGACCACAACAUCUACGAGGCGGUAACAUGCGUAGACGUGCAGAUGCUCAGACCUUUGUCCAACGGGAAAAAAGCUGGGGCAACAAGCAUCACUCGCUCAUCUCUUAACCUGAUCGAGGAAAUCUCGGACUUUGUGGAUUUAGGCGACGGCGAAGGAGAGGACUAUUCACUGUCGAAAAGAGUCAACCUUUUGUACGACCAUGCCGUUACACUGAAACCAACGCACGGAGAGCUAAAAACGUCUCGCGACUCUCUCAAGAGCAUGUGCAAAAUGGGAUCGGGUGAAGAACUUCAAGAGGAAUUCUCAAAAGUGUUUACAAAGUUCAUUCAUUCUUCUCGUCUACUCAAUUACCCAUCUCUGUCAAUGCUGCUGUUGCGUGCCAACAGCAUUUGCAGAACUGGAAGAAAGCACAUAAUCAACGCUCUACCGUACAUCGAAAGCACUGCUGCCCUGAUUAUUCAGAAGGAUUUAAUAAUACGGAAACAAGUGCCACUCGACAAAGUCAAGGAUUGGGUAUCAGGAUUCGGUUUAAUUCCGCGUCCUAACAGGGAGACUCUUCGGGCACUCGCACCCCUCUUGGAGCAUCCAAGCGAACUAGGUGAUUCGCAGUUUGACCUAGCUUACUCUAGCAUCAUUCAUGCCUAUUGUACAGCUGUGGACAACAAUUGCAUUCACGAAGAGCCUAUCGCUAGAUUUCUACACCAUGUGCAAGCGAAGAUCAAAAAUGGCUGUGACAGAAAAAGCCAUUCGACUUUGGAAACGAAACAGACGCUGCAAGCUUUGAAAUCUAUUGGAAAUAUGGGAAUAGAAAUUGCGGGAUUAAGAGAAAAAUUAAAGGAAUGUAUCGAAGGUGCAGGUGGAUAUUUGACCAUGGAGACAAGGGUGGCAGCCAUCGAAGCUCACCGAAGGUUACCCUCGUGCCAAGAGACAAGGGACGCUUAUUUUUUAAAUCUUUACAGAAAUUCUAGCCAGGAUAUAGAACUGAGAAUCGCUUCGUAUCUUCAGGUGAUGCGAUGCCCCAACUAUAACGUGAUAAAAAUAAUAAAGCAAACGCUCAAAGAAGAGGAAGUGAAUCAAGUUGGAUCGUUUGUCUGGAGUCAUUUGAAAAAUCUUCUGAAGUCUUCGUCGCCGAGUAGAAUCGAAAUUCAGAGUUUGCUAACGGACCGAGAUUUGGAAACGAAAUUCGACAGUGAUGUUCGUAAAUUUUCUAGAAACUAUGAGAGUUCAUUUUUCUCCGAUGAGUACAACAUUGGCGCUACUUACGAAACGAAUGUAAUAUUCUCUCCAAUGUCUUACAUACCAAGAACUGCUACCGUAAAUGCGACCGUUGACGUCUUGGGCGAGUCUAUAAAUAUGUUUGAAGUGGCAAUUCGUUUCGAAGGAAUCGAGUAUUAUGCGGAGAAAUUUUUCGGACCUGACGGCCCGCUCAGUAACGAGAAAGUGAGCUUGCAUUUUCGAAAUUUUUUGAGGAGCUUAAGGUCGGUUAAAAGUGAAGAGACGGAUGAGAACUAUGCUGAGGGAGUAAAAAACUUGCCCAACGUAAUCGAAAAUAAUUUUGAUAAUCCAAAAUUAAGUUUUUCCUUGAAAAUAUUCGGCAACGACGUGCAGUAUGUAACUCUGACCGGAGACCAAGAAAUCAGAACCACUAUAGCCUCUCUGGAUCCUUGGGCAAAACUGAUGAAAAUCCUUUCCGGCAAUGACGUUAAAUAUGAAAAAGCUGGCAUGUUAUUAGACUCUUCGUACAUCGUUCCGACAACCGCUGGUCUCCCUCUCCGUCUCAGUGCAUCUGGCUCUGCUGCUUGUAACUUUAGAAUGUCCGGUUCUCUGGACAGCAAGCGAUUAGCAAGCAACAAGGAGCUAGAAGUAAUGGGAAACAUAAUGCCGAGUGUCAGCGUGGACAUAACUGGGACAAUGGUUGUCGAUGCUUUUUACAAAAGUGCUGGAAUCAAGCUGAAGUCCAACUUGUACAGUUCCGGAGCAGUACGAGGGCAUUUAAUUGUGAAAGGAAUGCAAUUGGUCAGCCUAAGCCUAGGUCUACCCAACGAAAAAAUUGAAGUCUUUUCCAUGCUCACGGACGUCACGUAUCUAAGCACAAACGGACCCCACACUGACGAAACCCCUGCAGGAUUAAUCGUCUCCGAUCAAAGUACAGGGGAACUGAAGAAAAGCAACCUGAUGGAGGUCGUCAGUAACAAAACCUGCAGCUGGUCAGAUCUCGAUAAACUUAUAGGCCUCAAGUUGUGUACUACUUAUCAAUUUUCAAACGUGACUAAGAAUCCCAAUGCUGCCUAUUUCGUUUUGAGUGGACCGACUCUAUUCAAGGUGUCUUUGAUGAAAACAGACAAGACUAUCAAAAGCUACCUUUUCCAGUAUAAGUGGGAAAAUCCUGAGAAUAAGAGUAACAUCAAGUUGACCUUCGAUACUCCUGGCUCUAGCACCAAGAGGGAAAUGAGUGCUCAAGUUUCAUUUGAUGCCAAUAAUCGCAAUGUUUCUGUUGUCAUAUGCGCGGCUGGUAGUUUACUAGUUGCUAAAGGAACUUACAAGAAAACGGCCGAUCAAUUGCUAAUAGAUCUUGGCUUGGAUGUUAACAGUACAAAACAUCUCGACGCUAGUAUUGGAUAUACUAGAACGCCGAGUCACCACGGCUACAAUUACAGUCCUAAAUUGUAUUUGGCAAUCAAUAACGAACGGGUGGUUGAAGUUUCGGGUACGGUACAAAUCACGGAGAAGGGCAACGUAUCGCAAAGUGACAUCAAUUUACUGUUCGAGACGAAAAAAUUUUGGAGUCAAAUAAGGGGUUACAUAAUGCGGAAGAACGCCAGCGUUUCAGGGAAUAUAAAUGUUGAAUAUCAGCUAAAAGAAAUACAGGGUUCUGCUCCUCAGAAGAAGGAAAAUGUCCAAGUCGAAGUGUCGCUAAGCAAUCAGUCUCAGAAGGGCUUAAUUCACAAAGCAGCCACUUUUAAGCUACAAUCCUCGGCUUAUCCACACUUGAAUAUCAACAUGGGCGCGUGGUACCGGCAAGCUUUGGGCCACCUUGAAAUUCAUACUGAAAUAAAUUCGAACCCUCAUCUCCACGACGAUAAGCAUAAAUUCACCGCUCAAUUGGUUAUCACUAACUCCAGAACUUACCUUUCAAAUGAAGGAGCUAAGAUCACUGCUUUUAUUGCCAUCACAAAACCAAUACAAAACCUGGACAUCAAGGUCGGAAUUAGCCACUUUUCUCAUGGGGUAAAGACCAUAACCAGUGGUUUAAUACGAUACGCUCCAGGAAAGGAGAUUGCACUCUUGACGACCGUGAAAAUGCCUCGCGGAGCAAUGUUCGACAUUGAAGCCCACGUCAACCUUACGAUACCAACAUUUACCCCAAUGCUGAUAGAUAUAGAUAUAAAGGAGAAAGUCCGGAACGAGUAUGAUGUCAAACUGGCUGGCACCUGGUUUAGCGGCCACAAUAUGACGGCUCAAGGAACUUACACAGAUCAUUCUACAGCAGCCAUAAUUGAUCACGCGGUGAAGCUUCUUCUGAACUCGCCAAGCUUCGUCGAAGACGUCGUGGUGAUCUUGAAAAUCCACAACGAUGCGAUAGAUUUUAAGGUUGAUUUCCAACUCGAGCAAUCAGAUCAAGAGAAAUACGGUUUGAUAGUAACACACACCAGUCCAACGUCGACGAACUUUAUGAGCUACCUUGAGUGCCGGUAUAAAACCAGGGUUUAUAGCCUCACUGCAAACGUCGAUAAGGAACGUGAAGCGAGAAUCGAGGUUCACCUUGACACAUGGAAGGACGUUCACUUGAUAGCGAGAGCGAUAGAUGAGCCCAACAAUAAAGAGGCUGGUUUAGAGGUGAAAUGGGAUGCCAAUAGGGACCCUGACCUCAAGUUUGCAACCUCGUUUCAAUUUGUCAAGUUCUCCGAUCCCAGGGAGAAAAAUCUCAGCACUAUAGUCAUGGUCACAUACCCUGGGCGACUCGUCACUGGAAGAUCUGUCUUGGCGAUUCGUGGACAUAAUAAUUACGUAUGCGAUAUCAGACUGGAAUGGUCACCAUUGGAUGCCAUUCACUUCACAGUCGACGCCGACUAUAACACGGCGCCAACUAACAAGAUAUUCAAAAUAAAAUCUCAGCUUCUCACGCCUUUUGAACUGUGGAGAAGAACGUCGCUCGAUGCAAGGUAUACGCAGAACAACAGUACCAUAACGGCAAGCGGUAGCGUUCAUUGGCAAGAUUUGGAACACUUUUCGAUAGACUUAUCAGGAACCCUGAUAGAAGACAAUAAAGUGCUAGAAUGGCAAGGAAAUUGUAAACUGAUCAGCACUAUGCACGUCGUGAAGUGGAUGAACGGUAAUCUGACGCACAGAUUAUCGAACGGGAGGAAAGCAGACACUCAUCUGCAUGUCACCUACUACCCAGACAAAGUGUUGGACUUGAAAAGUUCUUGGGAUUUAAUAAAGGGACAAGAUGGCUCGUUCAAUUUGACCGGACUCCUGAACAUGAUAUCCCCUCUGGCAGCCUAUGAAAGAGGAGACUUAACUUGCAGCCUACAGUUUACUCCAGACUGGAAAAUUCGCGGGGCAGUUUACAUUUAUUUAGACAAAAGGAAGUACACGGGAAAUUUGGUCGGUGACUUGGCUAAGAUCAAGGAAUCGAUGGUGCAGUUCAAUUUGACCACACCCAUUGAAAGGUUCUCUACUUUACGGGGGAACUUUGGUUUGUCUGAGAAGAACCGACACAUCGUGGCCAGAAUCGACGGGCCCCAUGGAAGCGUAGGACUCGAGGCGUUGGUUCAACUGUUUCUUCAGGGAACCGACUUCCAUGUCAAACUGGAAGUUGCCACGCCCAUUCAACUGUUCGAGCACUCACUUGUCGUUGCUAAAUUGACCAAAAAGGAAGCUGAUUUCAGAGUCGGUUACAGAAACAUGACGGCUGGGUUCGUUGGUGUUUGGCGCUACUGGAAUCUCACAGAUUUUCAUUACACCUAUAUUCUCUACACUCCUAUGGAUGGGUUCGAGGAGUGCGGCAUCGUAACUAAGCUUGUUGUUGAAAAUGGUUCAGAGAUUAAAAAGAUGUUUAUUGACAGUGAAUUCUCAAUACGCUUUUCUGACACUAAAUUCGGCGUCGUUGCCAACGGAGGACCGAAACCUCCCCCAUUCAGCAUCCCUGAAGUACCCGAGCCAGUUACAUCUGCCGAAAAUACUACUGCGGAAGAAUUAUAUGACUACAUCGAGGAUGAAGAGCCGUUAUACUGGCAAGGACAGAUUCUGAUCGAUGUGGCUAUAUUCGAGACAAUUGUCGGUGAUCUGGACAUAGAACAGAACGAUCCAAGGUACAAAGUUUUGGGUUCGUUAAAAAUUCCUCCUGGAACUAUUCGGUUCGAUAAUCUAUAUGUUUAUGAGGAUGACGCCAAUAUGAAAAAUGAGCUAAAGAUUGACACACCGUUCGAAUCUGCGUCCGAGAUAACUUCCACCUACAUACUUAGUCUUGACCUGUUAAACAACGACUACUUUGUUGCAACGGAUUUGAGAGUGAAGAAACACUCUAGUUGGAUAGAAGCUGGGUAUAAUGUCAACUACACGAUCCGUGGAGCAGCCGACGAUUCGCAAACUCGCGAAGUGACGUUCAGGAUUAAAACGCCUCUGAAGUUCCUAUUGUACGUCGAUGGCAACAUGUAUAUUGAAGUGGAUGAAAGCUUGUACAAAGGAAGGGUUGAUCUAAGCGGUGAAGACUUCCGAAUUGAUCUUCUCGGAUCUUUUGAAUCCGACGAUGGUUAUCUCGAUACCACGAUAGAGGCAAAAAUUAAUAGCCCUAAGUUUGUCGUGCCAAAGACCAUGAUCAUCAUAAAGAAAGACUUGAUAUCAAGAGAAAAGCAAAUAGAAUUCGGAAUCAAAGUCUAUGAACCGGUUUUAAAAGUUUAUAAUCUUCAAGCAGUUUGGCAAGUUGACGGAACCAAGUUCAUAAACGCGUCGCUAGAGCUGAAAUCGCCGAUUGAGAUGUUUGAGCACGUCAGAGCCAGCAUUUAUCAUGCAAAUUCAAUAUCGAAUAACGAUUCGGCCAAUUUGAACAUAGAUCUUGUAUACCGAUCGGAAAGCAAGUUUAAAAUUAUCGGUGAUUACAAAGACAAGAUAGUGAGCGGCAGGGCGAUAACUCCAAUUCAAAAUUAUGAGACUAUUGAAUUUCUUGGGAACGUUGUGAAAGUGAGCGACGGACUGAUCAAAUUUGAAGGAGAUUUGACCAGUGCUAAAGUGGCAGAACCUUACAAAGUCUACGGCCAGAUAGCUAUGAAAGGUGAAACUGUUGUGUCAGUUGACGCAACGAUUGUUCCUGCGAAAAAUGCCAUGCUGAAAAAUAAUAUCACUCUGAGCUACGUCAAAGAAACUUAUGGAUUCAAGUUUUUAACCAUGAACAGCCCGAGGGAUUUGGCGGUUGAUUUUAGCUGUACAAACAUACUGAAUUGGAAUACAGACGCAAAAAUAUAUAGCGCUGAUCGACAUCAAAUCGAUUUCGAAUUUAUCACUUUUGUUAACACACAAGUAAACGGAAACGUUAGUGCAUAUGUACGUGGAAAAACCCCCUUCAAGAGUGUAAAAAAUUUCAUGGUCAGCGGCGACAUGCUCUUGUCUAAUGUAACAGGAAACUUCCAAGCCAGUCAUCACUUUAAUCAAGACAGAAGUCACCUCGAAUUCAAAUGGGGCUUAUUCUUCUGGGAGGAUAUGUACGCAAACGUCCUCCUGGAUUACGAUAUAAACAAGGCCAAGAAGCACUUUAAAACUCAGUUAUUUUUCAAAGAUCCUGAAAAAACGCACAGGAACAUUAACACUGGAUUUGAUAUUAACAUCGAUCGCGAGCUUUGGACAUUCGGCAGUAAUGCCACCGUAGGCUUUAUUGAUAAAGACAACGUAGAUGCUAUAUUCAGUUUGACACUACCACCACCUGAGAAAGAUUGUCAUACUGUUUUGGUCAGCUAUCAUUUCCAGAAGGAGCCAAGCAACAUGAAGUACGCCGUUGGCUACAACACUCAGAUCUCGAAAGUCAAUUAUGCUUCAGAUGGCUCGGUGACAAAGAACCCUCACGACAUCAAUGCACAUCUGAGAUUCACAUGGGGUUUGGAAUCUAAUCAGACAGUGAAUAACUUUAUCAACAUCUCAUUCCAACAGAACGAAGUCAACUUUGAUUAUUCACUUCGAACACCUAAAUUCUUACAAGAAGAAACUUGUGUACUUCGUCUAGAAUAUAACACAGCGUCACCAGCCUACAGUAUCAUCAAUACAGAUGUCUACUAUCCUUCUUCAACACGUAUCGGAACAGCACGCAUCGUCUAUGUUAGUCUCGCCAACGUCAAUGGAUCGGUCAACGCGUCCACUCCAAUUGAGGGCUUACCCUACAUUGGUUGCAAUUUCGUGGUCUACACAACAAUAAAAAACAACAAGCGACACGUGGAAGCGUUUUGGCCAGGCAAGACGGCACUUCUAAAAUCAGAAUACACGUAUAGCAAUGAGAAGCUCGAUUCGACUUUGGAGGGCAGUUUGCAGGCUGAAAUUCCUCUGAGUACUCGCCAUAGCGGGCUCCUGAAAUACGGUUACAAAAAACGUCCACUGAUCAGCACAGGCCAUUCGGAGCUGAUUUACAACUCGCAGAGAAUAGUUCAUGGUGAAUAUAACUCGAAGACCGAGUCGAGAGCUGGUUUUGAAAAAGAUCGCAUUGAAAUAACCAUUCAGAACAGUUUAAAACCGUUAGGAAUCGUAUAUAUCAAUCAGUACGAGUACAGCGGCGGUAAUGCUGGGACAAAUUAUCCGACAGUAGAGUUGAAACAGGUUGAUAUAUACAGGCUGGGAAACCUCUCAGACUUUCACAUAGCCGGCGAGAGUCGCAUAAAAACAACGCAUACAGGUCAGGACAUUCAACUUAAAGCGGUUCACUUGAAUCGCACAGUAAAUCUGCGCACGGAUUACAAAAUCCUGCCGGGGGAAUUCGAUCACAAUGCUCAUUUGAGUCUGGCCAGUGACGCCUGGGCUUCGUAUCAUGUUAAUAUACUUAACAAGACAUCGGAAGAAGUCGAGAACCAGUUUGUAGUACUAGACUUUGCUUAUCCGAGGAGAAACUUCACCCUUGACGGCUCUUACAGCAUUGACAGCUCGGACAUAAACUCGGAAGCCAUACUUCGAUGGGACAGGGAUACGGACAGACCUCGAAGCGUCGGAACAGGUUUUCAAUGGAGAAAACUGGAAAGCGUAGGCUCGUUGGGACAGCGUCAAGCAGUGCUGAGCUUCAAACAUCCUAGUUUCAAAAAAGACGUUACUUUCACAGCGAAAUAUGACAGAAGUGAUCCCAGCGAUCUCACCAACGUCGCUUUGGUCGUCGACUACUCGACGAAUUCCGAAAAACUCCUGAUACUGCGUGGCAAGAUGCGUGAUGAAAGCAGCUGGCCAACGGACCGCAAAUACAGCUAUGAAAUCUUUGGCCAACAUCCGGCAACUAACUUGGACUUACGAGUGAACGGAACCAUUCACAAACACAUGUUUGUGUUCGUCAAAGUUGAGAACCACGCUUCCUACAAGCGCAGUUUCUUUCCGGUGGAAAAGGGACAGCUAUACGCGUACAUAGAUCUGUCGAAUUAUGAGAUUGAAUUGCUCAGGCAAAAUAAGGAGAUAGUCAAGCAUCUGAAGACUAGGUACUACUCCACCCAUCCGGAAUACAUUCUCAAUGGAUCGUUGGUUUAUACACCAGACAUAGACGCGACGGGGCAAUUUUACUUCAACGUUGACGAGAAGCUCACUUGGCUGAUGGUGAAUUACACACCAGAUGCCGUUGAGAGUUUGAGAAUGUAUGGAAAGAUUCCUGAUGCCCGAAAUAUCGUUUUCGAUGUAUGGAGAACGUAUAGUGACGAUCUCACCAUAACAGAUGUCUCGAUGUACUUACGAUUAAAUCACUCUAAACUCGUUACGUCGAAGAUGACGUGGAGGCCAGAACUGAAGGAGGACGUUAUGAGUACGGUAAAGGAAUCAUUCCUUGCAGCAUACGAGAGCAUAGGAAACGAUGCCGAUUAUUGGAAGCAGUAUAUAAGAAGUGAGUCCGUCAGUGCUAUUCACGAUAUUUGGGAAGACGCGCAUGAGGAUGUGAGCGAAUUCCUGGAAGAUUGGAACAACCUAAAAGAACUGCGAACCGAUCUGGAAGACUUAGAAAUAUAUCUGAAUGAAUCGUACAAUGCGAAUGAGUUUUACGUCAAAGAUAUUGUUGCAUUUGGCUCCUUUGUGAUCGACGAAUUAUCUUUGAGGAGCCACGUGCAAUCUUUGCCCAACAUAUUCAACGAAAUAUGGGAAAUUAUGGGCGAAUCUGGUCAGGCUGUAAGAAAUUCCCUAUUAUGGGCUAUCGAAGCUGUCAAAAGCGGUUACAACAAGCUAUCAGAAAUAGUGACGGCAAUGUUGAAAGGCGAUUCCAUAGCUCAAAUAACAUCGAUAAUAGAAAAGUUUGUCGAAAUGUAUGACAAAUUUGUGAAGGACCUUCAUGUCUCGUUUAUAAAGUGGAUGGAAAACCUCUGGGCAAAUAUGUCGACGGCUGCUUCUGACCAGUGGAGAAAAUUUCUGAGAUAUGUCGAGCCGAUGUUUAUAAAGGUGGUUCACUACCUCGAAACAGUUGUUUGGAAGGCGAGCCAGGAGGUCCUUGACUUUUUGUACGAUCGCAGAAACGAGAUUAUAACUUCCCCUUACUUUGACCGUUUCACAAACUUCACACAGGAUGUGGACAAAAUAUACAAGGACAUUAAGGCUCACGAUAUAGUGACAAACGUCAGAAAAUACUCUGGCAUAAUAAUAACAUUCAUCAGAGAACGAUACUUCACAAUGGUGCCAUUUGGCCUCGAGCUCAAGAACGUCGUAGAGGAAAUAAUAAACGAAUUAAUGGAGUUGACGAAAUUGCCGUUUUUGCAUUACACGAUUGAAAAAGUCCAACAACUUUAUGCCAAAGUCAAGUACUUGUACGAGUACUUCGAAGUAGGCGAUCAAAUCAAUCAUACCAUCAAAUUUAUCCAUUCAAAGCUGACUGACAUUAGUCAGACGGCUUUACAGGCAGAAAACCGGUACAGAGAAGCCAAAACGAAGUUCAUAUUCAGUCCGGAGAAGGGGCUACUGCAUCUUGAACAGAAACUUCCGAUGUCUUGGCACGCCUUCAACCAAACACCUGAAUUCCAAGAGAUCGCGGAGUAUCGCGCCAUCUCCGAUUUGAAAUCCUACUUCGUCACAUCCAAUACGACCUUCUGGACUCUCUAUUACCAAUACAAACCCUAUACCGAACCUUCCAGCUGGCUACCACCAUUCAAGGCCCAAGCAAUGAUCGCUGGUGGUCAACACUACAUGACCUUUGACGGUCGCUAUUACGAAUUUAGCGGAGAAUGUACUUAUCUACUUGCGCAAGAUUUUGUUCACAAUCAAUUUGCUGUCUUGGUCAAAUACAGCGUAGACGAGCUCCAAACCAGUCAUCAAAUAAUCGUUUUAGUAGGAGAUAAAGCAAUUCAGUUGGACCCAUUCAAGAACUCUGUGAGGCUGUUAGAUUCUGAACUCGGAGACCAACUUCCGGCUGAAAUUGGCAAUGGACAGGCAUACGUCUAUCAAGAAGAGGGCAUAGUCAUCGUGGAGUCGAUCAAAAAGCUUUUCAGGCUGGAAUGCAACAUGAAAUUCGAUCUGUGUAUACUUGAACUUUCUGGAUGGUAUUAUGGAAAGACCGCCGGUCUUUUUGGAACAAUGAGCAAUGAACAGUCGGACGACUUUUUGAAUUCUUAUGGAACAAUCAGCACAGACAUCGGGGCUUUUGCGCAGAGUUGGUCGUUGAAUCGUACGCAAUGCACGACCGUCAAAAAUCGCGCCUUCAGCAAACCAGUAAAGAAUGACGAGCUCAAAAUUUGCGAUGAAUUGUUUGCCGACAAAAACUCGGAGUUUAGCUCGUGCUUCAACAUAGUUAAUCCGAAUCCAUUUCAAACCAUGUGCCUUAAUAGCAGAAGUGAAAAGGAGGUCUGCAACGUCGCCGUUUCUUACAUCCAAGUUUGCUUGUUCCACGACACAUACAUCAGGAUUCCGGACAAAUGCACCAAGUGUACCUUGGUCAACGGGUCCGUAGUUCCAGAGGGGAGCUUCCGAACAUUGGAAGGCAAGGCAGUCCCCAAAUCUUCGGAUAUUGUUUUCAUCGUCGAAGCAAAAAACUGUAACAAGAAUAUAAAGACAAACGCCAGCCUGGAACUGCUCAUUUCUCAACUGAACAUGGAAUUCAAUGAAUUACAACUCGAUGAUCUUCGAUGGUCUCUGGUUACAUUUGGAGCAGACGGCGUGUACGAUCAACCAAGAAGCCUGGUUAUCAACGGAGACACAUUUACAAACGAUCACAAACAUUUCACUACUUACUUCGACCAUAUCCCAAUCGGAAAUGGCACUCAGGACAUAUUCGCUGCUUUGAGAUAUGCCUCUCUGCUGGAAUAUCGUGCUGGUGUAUCGAAAACAUUUAUUUUACUGCCAUGUUCGCACUGUGAUCCUCAACACCAGAUGUUGGACUAUUCAGUCUUGCACCAAGUGAUGCUCGAGCACGAAGUGACGCUUCACAUACUGGUGGACGCGGAUUUCCAGCUGGAAAAGGAAAGAGUAGGAAAGGUGCUGUACGGAUUCGAUGCGAGCAAAUCGUAUACGAAAAAGGAUACGAGAGUACUGACUGGGGAUAAAGAGUUGCACAGACAAGUCAAACUUUCCAAAAGUAUUCUCGGUUACUGCACGCCACUUGCUCUUGAAACCAAUGGCACUGUUUUCAGCGGAAAAAAAUUGCGCUUUGAGAAACCAACAGCUAUUAAAAAGUUCAUAGCUGUAUUCUCCAAAAGAAUCGCGGCCAGUGCAACGCCAGGCACGUGUCAACACUGCGAAUGUAAUGCGGACAACAAUGGGCGUAGCAUUAUGGAAUGCUCGCCAUGCUUCGAUCGGACACCAAUUGCUGUCGACUAUAAGGAUUUCGAUGAGAACGAAUCACUGACAAUGCUACAGCCCCUUGGAUUCGAUUACAAUCUAAUGGAUCAGGAGGAGGAAUCACGAAUUCAGCUAUAGGUAAGAUGAUAUUAUAGUAUAAUGAAUGUGAACUAUUUACUCAGAGAAUGAAUGAGCAAAACGACACGAAACAAAACUCAAAUCAAGCUUUAUUACGAAUCGUUAACUGGUGGUGAAAAGUAUUCGUUAAUACAAGUGAGCUGCUCAUCUUGAAGUCAAUUUACUGGUUAUGAAAAUAAAUUGAGUAACCCCGUGCAGAGUCAUUGUGUAUCGCUGGAUGUAAUAAUAGCAUUGCAUAACAAUUAUAUAAGAAAUGCCACGUAUUCUAAGACCAGCGAACAGAAGAGACCAUUUUGAACAAUCCGACCAACUAAUUAUAGAAUAAGGCUAAUUAUAAUCUCAGUAAAUUUUAAUACUCUUAGGGAAUUUUAUUUAUUUAUUAUACAUGUAAUAAUUCCUUUCCUCAGUGUUUUGUGUCUUCAG